AUGGCCGCCUCCACCAUGUCCGUCUGCUCCAGCACUUACACCGAACCCUGGCAGGUGGAUGACUGCCCAGAGAGCUGUUGCGAGCCCUCCUGCUGUGCCCCCAGCUGCUGCCAGCCCAGCUGCUGUGCCCCGGCUCCCUGCCUGAGCCUCAUCUGCACCCCAUGCUGCCAGUCAGGCUGCACCAGCUCCUGCACGCCCUCAUGCUGCCAGCAGUCCAGCUGCCAGCCGGCUUGCUGCUCCUCCUCCUGCCAGCCGUCCUGCUGCGUGCCUGCCUGCUGCACACCUGUCUGCUGCAAGCCUGUCUGCUGCACACCCGCCUGCUCUGCCUGCUCCAAUGUUUCCUCCUCUUGCUGCCAACAGUCUAGCUGCCAGCCAGCUUGCUGCUCUUGUUCUCCUUGCCAGUCAUCCUGUUGCACACCAGCCUGUUGCACGUCUAUCUGCUGCACACCCAUCUGCUCAGGCACCUCCUCCUCCUGCUGCCAGCCAGCUUGCUGCUCCUGCUCCCCCUGCCAACAGUCCUGCUGCAUGCCCGUCUGCUGCAAGCCUGUCUGCUGCAUGCCCUCCUGUUCCUCCGUGUCCCUGCUCUGCCGCCCUGUAUGCAAACCUGCCUGCUGUGUGCCUGCCUCCUCCUGCUGUGCCUCCUCCUGCCAGCCCAGCUGCUGUCGCCCAACGUCUUGUGUGUCCCUGCUCUGCCGUCCUACCUGUCCCCGCGCAGCCUGCUGCAGCCUUUCCUUGAGCCAGAAGUCCUGCUGCUGA